UCGCUGUCAAAAGCGUUAGAGACAGAUGAAGGAAUGCUGAUAGAUGGACGGCUGUGACGGAGAGAGGAGAUGAAGAGGAGCUGCGUCAUGUCUCCUCCUCGCGGCUACAUGUAACGCUGCUUAUUUUACCUUCGGAGCUGGAUUGUCGGUGAGAGUUUGCCCAACUAUUGCCGUCACCGUGCCGUCCGUCCCGGGCUCAGUGCUGUGUUGCUCUGCCCUUUCCCCCCUCCACCCCGGAAAGCUACGGGACCAGAACAUGUCCAGUGAGAGUGUCGUAAAGGGGCGCGUGUCGAUCUGCUUUUGAACACAUUCGUCCAGCUACUCAAAGUUCACCUCAGGAGGACAGCCUUUUGGGCUCGUUAAGGAGCCUUUGAGGGCCCACAUCAGCAUGGUGAACAGCCAAGCAUCAGGCGUGACGCCGGCCCCCAGGUCUUGUGCGGGAUGCGGGGGGAAGAUCGCCGACCGCUUCCUGCUCUUCUCCAUGGAGCGCUACUGGCACACUCGCUGCCUCAAGUGCUCCUGCUGCCAAGCCCAGCUGGGGGACAUUGGCACCACCUGCUACAGCAAAGGGGGCAUGAUUCUGUGUCGGAGCGACUACAUCAGGCUGUUCGGGCACAGCGGGGCGUGCAACGCCUGCGGACAGUCGAUCCCAGCCAACGAAAUGGUGAUGAGGGCGCAGGGAAAUGUUUACCACCUCAAGUGUUUCAGCUGUGCCACCUGUAGAAACAGACUAAUGCCAGGCGAUCGCUUCCAUUACAUCAACGGUACAAUCUUCUGUGAGCACGACCGACCCGGCGCUGUCCUGCUCAACAGCCACCUGCCUCCACUUCAGAGCAACUCUGUGCUGACGGACCAGAAGGUAUGCUGAGUGGCAGAAGUCCUCGCCUUCCCCAACCGCCCCCGCCGAGCUUCACUUCUCAUCGGUGUACUCUUCUUCUCCUGCUUCUGUCCUUGUUGUUGUGGAUUCUCAUCACCCCCCCGGCCUCUCCUCCCCCAGGGAGGACGCAGUGUCUCCCCCACAAGACCCCCGUCCGGCACCAUAUCAGAGACUAUAUAUACCGCAUACAAAUUCACGUUCAUGUUGUGUUCAAUGUUCAAGUGGUGAGUGCAUCAUCAAAGAUCUGCAGUAUGAGAGAAGUGACAUAAGGCUUCUUUGGGACCAAGACAAUGCUGUGCUGAACCAUGAGGAUGAAAGCCUGCGCCAACUGGAAGAGGGAAUAAAAGAUAAUCGAACAAACGUUUGAUGGACUGCUGUAAAGACUGUCAGAGCUUUGCUUAUGCCGUGUGGCAUUAUUUCCCCCGAGGGUCAGUGUUUUUAAUGAACUUUUGAUCUCUCUUGUAUAUGUUGAUCUGAGAUCCUACACACUGAGGAGUAGUUAUAAAAUGGAUGGGUGUCAGGCAAAAAUCAGUGACUGAAAAAUGUUCAGUCUUGGAAAACCUUGAAGUGAGAUUCAAACCCACAGCAGAGACUUUUUAAACACUCAAGGAAAACAGAAAUGUAAUGUUGCUGUUUGAUUGCUGCCUUUUCAGACGCCCUGCACAAAAAACUGAAAUGAUCCAUUUUCAUUUCUUUACCAGAUGCCUGUUCAAUGUGUGAAAAACUAAUUGUGGAGUUCAAAACAAAAAUCCUAUUAAAAUCAUUUUUCCUGUGACAUGUCACGGAGCGGGCUGCGGUCAUUUCAAGGCCCUAAGAGGCAUUAGAGAGGCAUUGUAUUGCUUGGUACCUAGCAUGGUGGAUAUGUGACUGUCUCUCUCACUCUCUUUAGCCCUGUAUGGUGAAAAACAUGCCUGAUUACCCCGAGGAAUGGAAUUAGGGGGCUUGAGCUCUGACCAUUUACAGAAGCAAUUAAACAUGAGCCCUGUAUCUGUGCUGCAGGAGCUCUUGGGAGGCUGAACUCGGGGCAUAUCCCGUGGCUGCCUGGCUCCGUGGCUGCCUGCCUCUAAUAAAGCCUAAUCUGAAAGCGGGCUAAUUAAAGGGGAGUGGCCCCCUCUACAUCCAGGGCAUUUGAAACAAUCUGAUGUAUUUACUGUUUACCAUGUUCCAAUUAAAGC